AUGGUCUUCACAGACCCGCUACGGCGCGACGACCCGAAGCCGCUGCGCCCGGCCGAGCUUGAACGCAUCGCCACGUCGCAGCCCCUCCGCGACCUCCUCGCGGAAGACAAGCUUACGCGCAUCCUCGCCGUGCUGGACGGCAUGCCUGCGCGGGCGCGGCACGACGCGCUCGCCCGCCUCCUCGGUGUGGACGGGGAGAGCCUCGCGCGCCCCGCGGCGGCCGCGACGCUCGAGCGCGGCAGCCCGCCGCCGCUCGGGGAGAUUUUGGCGCGCGCGGCCGCGCCCCGGCGCGAAGGGUGGGCGGUGGAUGGCUGGUGGCUUGGUCAGGACCAGGGGCAGGAGCGCGUAUGGAUCGGCGACGAGGAGCGGCAGCUCGUCAGGCUCUGGGCGGGGGUUGUUGUGCGUGAGAUCGACGGCGAAGGCGUUGGGGGCGAGGGCGCGUGGGGGCGCGGAGAGCUUGCAUGGGAGAUCGGAGAGUGA